GCCCUGUUAUUCACAUAAAAAAGAUGGCAGGAAAGAUGCAUGAACAGUGGAACCAGUUGCGAAUAGGCAAUAGCCACUGGAAGUUCAAACAAAUGAGGGACCAUGGAAUUUGAAUAUUUGAUGGAGCACGAUUCUUUCUUGUUUACCUGUAUGGAUCAAUGAGGAGAGGUCGUUGAGUGGUGUGGUUGUUUGACACGUGGCAGAGGUCUUACAAUAGUAGAUGAAAGCUGCAUCCAAAAGUCCAAUCGAAUCGAUCCAGUGAGCUGAGUUUCAGGAAGAAAUGAUGGCGGCGGCAAGUUCCUCAUGCGUUUUCUGUGAGAUCGCCACCAGAUCCACCGCCACCACUCUUCUACACUCUGUACGUCUCUCCUCUCUCUCUCUCUGGAUUGUGAUUUAUGAAUUGAAUCUGAGUAUUAAAAAAUUGCAGGACGAUAAGGUUGUUGCUUUCCAAGACAUUAGGCCUUCUGCUUUCAGGCAUUACUUGGUAAUCCCUGUGCAGCACAUUCCUACUGUGAAUGAUCUCCAAAGGAAAACUGAAGACUAUGCUUUGGUGACUCACAUGUUAGAGGUUGGGAGAAUGCUAUUACUUAGAGAUGCACCUCACUCUAACCACCACAGAUUUGGCUUUCAUCAGCCUCCCCUGAAUUCUGUUAACCACUUACACCUCCAUUGUUUGGCGCUUCCCUAUACACCCAGAUGGAGAUUCAUAAAAUACAUGCCUUUAGGACCAAUUGGCUUCAUAGAAGCAGAGAGAUUUCUGGAAAAGAUAAAGCCAUAGCCCACAGGUUCCCUCAAAAAAUAUAAAUGAACUGGAGUACUUGAUUGUUCUUUUGCUAUAUUUUGCUUUUCCCUCUUCGGAAACAUGCUAGAUAUAGGAUCAAAUUCAAAAUUACAUCUGUUCAAUAUUUUUAUCAUUAAAGUGUGUACUAACAAUUAUACUCCACUUUGACCUGUAGAUCAUAGUAGAUGAUAUAUAAAUAUGAAUAAGAAAAGGAUUACACUUGCCUAAACCCUAAACCCUAGAUCUGAGAUGCUCUUUGUUGUUAAUAUGCUAGCUUUGGCUACUUUUUUCUGGUUUCAGAAGGGAGCAUACAAUGCUUUGAUAAAGAAUACGCGUUUUAGUGGUUUGCUUACCAGCAAUUCUUUAAUAAACCUUUCCAAAUAAAAGAACUUUCUACUUUGUGGAUUUUGUCUUAAACAAAAUCACUUAGCCAGUCCUCAUUUAAUGGAAUUGGAGAACUUUGGGAUGUUCAUUACAGUUAGGCAAUGUCCAUUACAGUUAGGCAUUAUUUUAUACGGUAUAGGUAAGUAGGUAAUACUUAUAGCAUAUUCACAGCGUAUUUUUCUGCUGGGAAAAAGCAUUUGGACCCAAAGACCAUCUAGUAAAUAAGAUGGAUUAAUUGAGAAAUAUUUUUUUACAUGUAUAUAAAUAAAUUUUUUAGUGACAUUCUUGUUGAUGUUGAUUUUUUUUUUAAUGUGGUACAAAUAUAAUCAAUUUGAUAGAUAGUGAUAACCUGAUGGUUGAAUUAAUAAAAAUUAUAUGCUAGUGUAAAUGUGUGAAGUUUUGUAUUAGUCUCGAUAAAUAUUUGCUUGUGCUGUGUGGUUUGCCACUUUUAAUUAUUGUAUUAAAAUUUUAUAAGUCUUUUAUAAGUGUAAACUAUUUUUAUCUUCCAAAUUAUUUCUCUGAGUUUGGUCUCCUUAAUUUUAAUACAAUGUUAAAUCUCAUCCUAUAAUACUAUCGAGACAUUCUGCACAUAUUCAAUUGGUCUAAUCUCACAUCAAGUGAUUGUCUAUUUUAAGUGUAAGAGAGUAUUAGAGUUUAACAGUUUUUAUAUGUACCAAGACAACUCUUGUUUCUUGAGUUAAUUUUGAGUUGUGUGAGCUCCAGUGAAUUUAACAUAUUGUCUGAGGCUCUCAUUUUCACAUUA